AUGUUUUACAUCGAAACUAUUUUGAAGCAUUUGGGAAUAAAGGAAUGCUUUUCAGAGAUUAAUCCCUGCCCUCCAAACAUGUGCAAGGGUUUAAUCAUUGAUAGAAUUCCAAAUACAGUUUGUGAAGUGGCCAACAAGAGGUUCAUCUACCUUGGUGAUGGUACUGGUGAUUACUGUCCUAGUUUGAGGUUUAGAGAAAGAGACUUUGUGAUGCCAAGGAAAAAUUUUCCAGUUUGGGAUUUGAUAUGCCAAGAUCCUUCACUUGUUAAGGCUGAAAUUCAUGCUUGGAGUGAUGGAGAAGAGUUGGAACAAGUUUUGAUGAAGUUGGUUAACAAAACUACGAUGGAUGAACAUGCUCGACUCAUUGCAUCUGAUUGCAAGCCACAAACUCUUCCCAUUCAUGUACUUGAUUCCUUGCCUAAUUGUGGCCAUAAAUUAUUAGUUUAG